AUGUCCGCACUGACCCGGAACCGCGCAGCGCAACUGGCGGUCAAGAUCACGCGACCAGCAUUUCAACACACCACACGGAAUCUGGCCACUGUGGCACCAGUACAAACACCAACCCGCAACCACAAAAUCGUCGUAAUCGGCGGCGGCUCAGCCGGCAUAUCUCUCUCUCACCAACUCCUGCGCAAAGGAAACUUUUCCCAAGACGACAUCGCCAUCAUCGACCCCGCGCAAUGGCACCACUACCAACCAGGCUGGACGCUCGUAGGCGGCGGUUUGAAGAAGAAAGAAGACCUGCGCCGCCCGUUGAAAGAGCUCAUGGACCCACGCUUCAAAUUCUACAACAGCGCUGUAGGAAGUUUUGCGCCAGAACAAAACUACGUAACCACGAGUAACGGGGAGAAGAUCGGGUACGAACAGCUGGUUGUUGUGCCUGGUAUCACGCUCGACUACGGUAGUGUUAGUGGGUUGAAGGAGGCGUUGGAGGAGAAAGAUGCGAUGGUGAGCACGAUCUACGACUACGCGUACUGCGAUAAGGCGUAUGAGAAUGUGAAGAAGUUCAAAGAGGGUGAUGCGGUGUUUACGCAGCCAGCUGGCGUGGUCAAGUGUGCGGGCGCGCCGCAGAAGAUCAUGUGGCUUGCGUUGGAUUACUGGAAGGAUGCUGGGCUGUAUCCGAAGGAUGUCAAUGUUGCCGCGGCAACUCUCGAAAAGCUCCGCGUAGAACGCGGCGUAGAAGGUCUUUUCCAACACGACCUCACUUCCAUCGAGGGCAACACCGCAACCUUCACAUCCCCCAACUCGCCCACCCCAGUGAAGAAACACUUCGACUUCCUGCACGUCGCGCCCAAGAACGUGCCUUGGGGAUUCAUCAAAUCUAGCGCUCUCGCAAACGAAGCAGGCUACGUUUCCGUCUCGGAUUCGACAACGCAACACACUUCUUACCCCAACGUCUGGUCCAUAGGCGACGCGUCCUCUUUGCCGACAUCGAAAACCGUGGCUGCCAUCACGGCUGAAGCACCGGUGUUGGUGUCUAACGUACUCUCAGCGAUGGAGGGCAAGGAGCCGACGGCUAGUUACGAUGGGUACACGUCUUGUCCGUUGCUGACGGGGAGGAAGGAGGUGUUGCUUGCGGAGUUUAUGUAUGGGGGCGUGCCGAAGGAGACGUUCAAUGGGCUGUUGGGAAUUGACCAAGGGGUGCCGCGGAAGGCGUUUUACUGGCUGAAGAAGGACUUCUUUCCGUGGGUUUAUGGGAAGUAUCAUGUUAAGGGCGAGUGGGCGGGACCGAAGGGCUUGGCCAGGUGA